AUGUCCCUUCGCAUCGUCCCAGCCGACAACCACAGCAGCAGCUUCAGCCACAUCGGCGAGCGCAGCAAGGGAGCACCGUCGGCGCCCGGCCUGCACGACACCCUCCGCCACGGCGUCGGCCCGUCCGCCUACUCGUCCCUCCCGCCCUCAGACACCACGUCGGCCGCCGCCGCCGCCGCGACCGCGACAAGCGCCCACCCGCUCGAGGCCCGCCUCAAGGCUUGGGAGGCCACCCAGCACGGCCUGCGCAUGGAGUCGCUGCGCCGCACAUUUGGCAUGGCCGAGCCCAUCCGCCGCGAGAUGGAGCUCAAGAUCACCCGCACCGGCGAGUGGAGGCCCCUGGCGCUGGGCGGUGCCGCCCCGAGCCUACACGAGGAGAUACUGAGGGGCAAGGACUGCUCCAUCUCGUGGGAGGACGUCUUUACGAACGAGGAGAGCCGCACGUUCGUGGGUGUGCAUGACGAGAUGGAGAGGAAGCUCAAGAUUUAA